AUGGCUGCCCCGUUCCGCUCUAGCCUCCGGUUGCACUCUGUGAUGCGUCUGCCGGCGGUUCGCACCAUCACAACCACCUCCCAUCUGCGGGCAGCAGCGAAGCCUUACUUCCCCGAUGAACCAGCGGCUCCGAAGAUGACCACAGCAAUUCCUGGUCCUAACAACCAGAAGGCAACGGCCGAGCUCAAUGAGGUUUUUGACGUACGAAGCUUGAACAUGUUGACUGAUUACACCCAGUCGAUUGGUAACUACAUCGCCGAUUUGGAUGGUAAUGUGCUUUUGGAUGUCUAUGCUCAGAUUGCCUCUAUUCCGGUGGGCUACAACAACCCUCACCUGAAGGAGAUCGCCAAGUCGCCAGAGAUGCUGACCUCCUUGAUCAAUCGACCCGCCCUGGGUAACUUCCCUUCUGCGGAUUGGGCCCAUAUUUUGAACACCGGUAUUCUCAAAGUUGCUCCCAAGGGCCUUAACCAGGUGUUCACCGCUAUGGCUGGCUCGGAUGCCAACGAAACCGCCUACAAGGCCGCUUUCAUGUACUACCGACAGCUCCAGCGUGGCGGCCCUCAGACCGAUUUCACCGAGCAGGAACUGCAGAGCGCCAUGCAAAACAAGAGCCCUGGCUCUCCUCAGCUGUCGAUUCUGUCCUUCAAGUCGGCUUUCCAUGGCCGUCUCUUCGGUAGCCUGUCCACCACUCGCAGCAAGCCCAUCCACAAGCUGGAUAUUCCCGCCUUCGACUGGCCCCAGGCAGCCUUCCCAACUUUGAAAUACCCUCUUGAGGAACAUGCCCAGGAAAAUGCCCAGGAAGAGCAGCGCUGCCUGCAGGAGGUGGAGCGCCUGAUUAAGGAGUUCCACAACCCUGUCGCUGCUGUCGUUGUUGAGCCCAUUCAAUCUGAGGGUGGUGACAAUCACGCUUCUCCAGCCUUCUUCCGCGGCCUUCGUGAGAUCACGAAGCGGAACAAUGUGCUCUUCAUUGUUGACGAGGUGCAAACUGGAGUGGGUGCCACCGGAAAGUUCUGGGCCCACGACCACUGGAAUCUCGAGACCCCGCCGGAUAUUGUGACUUUCUCGAAGAAGGCCCAAACUGCUGGAUACUACUACGGCAACCCGGCACUGCGCCCCAACAGGCCAUACCGUCAGUUCAACACAUGGAUGGGUGACCCUUCCCGCGCCCUGAUCUUCCGUGGCAUCAUCGAGGAGAUUGAGCGCCUGGGGCUUGUGGAGAACACUGCUGUCACUGGCGAUUAUCUUUUUGCCGGCCUUCAGCGUCUGAGCCAGAAAUACCCCGGACAUCUGCAGAACCUCCGUGGCAAGGGCCAGGGAACUUUCAUCGCUUGGGAUACACCCAAGCGUGAUGAAUUCCUGGUCAAGGCCAAGGGGGUUGGUAUUAACAUUGGUGGAAGUGGACUGAAUGCCGUCCGUCUGCGGCCCAUGCUGAUCUUCCAGCAGCACCAUGCGGAUAUUCUCCUGGAGAGCAUCGAGAAGAUCAUCAAGCAGCUGUAA